GACUAUGAAAAUAGUGAAAUGGCUGAUCAAGUGAAAAAUAAUUUUACAUUGACAAACAAUUAUACAUCAUUUAAUACUAGUGAGAAAUUUUCAGCAAUUGAAUCUUCACAAAAUGUACUAAAUAAACUUGAUCAAAAUGUGCAAAAAGAUACUGUUAAAGAAUUUUUAGCUAUUGACUUAACCAAAUCUUUACAAAAUACUCUAAAUAACCUUGAUCAAAAUUGA